CCAAAGUGUUCGCUGUUUUUCAAGAAAAUGUUCUAAAGUUUUUAAGUUGUACUUUAUCACAAGAUGAGCGAAAACACAUUUCGUGAUAACCAGUCCGACGGUAGUGAAGAUGAGUUCGAUGACAGCGCUUUUACCGGCCGUUCCGGACUGAUUUUGGCGAUCGAUUGCGAUGAUAAGAUGUUUAACGAUAGUGAAAAGUUUAGAGAAGCCCUGGACAUUGCCGAGUCUAUUAUGCGUAACAAGGUCACUGCCAGCGAGAAGGAUUUGGUAGCAUUGGUCUUCUUCAACACCAUGAAUAACCCAGCACCGGAGGACGAUAUUGACCAGCACUCGGGGAUUAUUGCACCACGCCAUAGUGCCAUUUUCCUUCAUCUCAAUACCGUCUCUGUCGAGAUGAUCCGGAAGGUUCGGAGUAUGCUCAAAUCGGACGAUUUUCUAAAUUUUGGCAACAAAUACGGCCACUCGGAGGACGCUAGUUUGGCGAAUGUGUUCUGGAUGUGUUCUCGUAUGUUCUCGCACUGUGGCUACAAACUCGAGCAAUCAACGAUAUUUUUGUUUACAAUGAACGACCAUCCGCACACAAACAAUAGUCUAGAACAUCAACAGACGCUGACAAAGGCGAGGGAUCUCCUGCAGAAGGAUAUAUCCGUUGUUCUGGUACCGCUGUUUGAAUCGUUCGAUUGCGGGAAGUUUUAUAAAGAACUUCUCUGCACAGUUCAAGGAGAGGAUGAGAAUGACUUCAUUCCUCCCGUUUACCAACAAAGCAAAGAACAGCUACUGCAAAGAAUCCUAACUAAAGAUUUCAAAAAGCGUUCGCUAGCGCACCUCAAAUGGUACCUCUCGGAGGAUGUUGCACUUGCCGUAAAUGUGUAUUCUCUGUCAAGAACACCACGGUUCCCGAAAAAAGUGAAACUUUUGCGUUCUACCAACGAGGUGAUCAUUUCGAAACGUGUUCAUGUUGCCAGCGGAUAUUGUGAAGAGCGAGAGGAGGAAACGUCUAAAACUCUUUUGCCUGGUGAACAGAGAAAAGCCAUUCGAAUAGGAGGAGAAACGGUAUCUUUCAAGCCGGAUGAACUGAUUAUGAUGAAACAGAUCCUCACGCCUGGAAUACGGCUUCUCGGUUUUAAACCUGUGUCCAGUGUGGUUAUCACCAACCAUGUCCGCUGCAGCAUGUUUCUGUACCCAAAUGAGACGCACAUCUCGGGUUCUACCCUAUUGCUGCGUGCGCUUUAUGAGAAAUGCCUCGAGAAGGGUCAAGCCGCGUACUGCACUUUGACCAUGCGCAGGAAGCAAUCGCCAAAACUUGUUGCAUUAGUACCGCAGGAGCAAGCCUUUGAUGAAGAUGGGGUACCACGCCGAUAUGCGGGAUUCCGGGUUGAGUUUGUUCCAUAUGCUGAUGACAUAAGAAAUACACCGUACUUGGAUAAAGCAAAGUGUCCCACAAUUACAGACAGCCAAAUUGAGGUGUUCAAGAAGGUGAUAAAAAAGAUUAGAUUCAAGUACAAUCCGGUUUAUUUCGAUAACCCGGCAUCACAAAGUCUAUACUCCAACAUUGAAUCGUUGGUCUUUGAUAUGGAAAAGGCUGAAUUUUUCGACUCAACCCAUCCAGAUUACGAAACGAUCGACAGCAAGCUGGACCCAUUCGUAGACGAGAUUAAGAAUUUGUUCAGCGAAGACCCUACGAGCGCUCCGAAACGGAGCCGACUUGCAAACAACGAAGAAAGCCCAUCGAAAGCAAAGGCUUGGCGCGUGGAUCCUUCUCCUGUUAGCGAUGCAGAAUUAUUUGAAAUGGUCUCGCAAGGAAAGGCAUCCAGCUUGACGGUGGCGACAUUGAAAGAAUUCCUUCAGAAACAAGGUGUUGUUGGAGUGUCGAAACUGAGAACGAAGGCAAUGUUGAUUGACAAGAUAACCGAGUUGCAGACCUCGUAACUAUGUUUUCCUAGUUCUGGCAUACGAGUUAUCACACGAUAAAAGAAUGCUACGAAUUUGCCCUGUUGACGCUCCGAGUUUUUCUUUGUUAUCAAUAACUAUAUGUUUUGAAAAAAAAAACGAUUCCUUUAAAUACUAUCGCUAUACUCUAUGUGAUCGUUUCUUGGCAUUAUCUCUUCACAGUAGCGUGUGAUGGUGGUGUUUUGCUAGGUUGUGUGCCGGGAAAGUGCAUACGGAAGGUGCCCAAAAUUGUGUAAUGCAUUCUUUCCACUUUUGUCUACGUUAUUUGCUAAGCAUUUCAUUUAUGGCACCGUCAAUCGGCCAUUACUCGUGCUCCUGAACCUGGGAGUGCGGCAUCGAACACUACUUUUGAUCAUUCUUCUCGUGCAACCAUGGCCGGAAUAUGGGCAAAGUGGACGGAUAGUGCGUUUCCGGUUUGUAGAUGGUUUCGGCCCACUCGUUCGUAUCGUCUCCGUCGGCCGUUUUAAACGGAUACGUACCGAGCGUGAUGGGUAGCUGCAGCUUGAUCUGCUUUUCCAACGAUUUAGGUUCGAUUAGGAACUGCGUGGAGAAAAGAAAGUCAGCACAUUGCCUUUGGCCCUCCUCGUUAUGCUCCCUUGGGCAUGCUUACACAAACGUCGUACUGAAUCCGUAUCAAAUGGCAUCCGCGCAGAUUUGUUGGCGGUAGCGGUGGAACAUACAGGGGCUCAUUCUGCCACUCGUCUCUGUGGCCGGCUCGGAUCUUGCCCCGUGCUAUCACCGCCAAUUCCCGCUUUUCCGUAUGCAUGAUCUUAUC